AUGUCUCCACUUCUGAGAAGCAUCUUUAAUAUCACUAAAAUUUUCAAUCAAUAUGCCUCACAUGAUUGUGAUAGGGAAGCGCUAAGCAAGAAAGAUCUGAAGAACCUCCUUGAGAGAGAAAUUGGAGACAUCCUUCGGAGACCACACGACCCUGAGACAGUAGACCUGGUCCUGAAACUUCUGGAUCGCGACCGUGACGGCCUAAUUCAUUUCCAUGAAUUCCUCCCGAUCGUUUUCAAGGUGGCUGCAGCUUGUUAUUACGCUCUCGGCCAGGCCUCGGGGCUAAAUGAGAAGGGAGCCACGCGUGAGGGAAAGGGGAGCCCGUUACAAGAUCGCAGGUGGGAAGACCAAACGAGAUUCGAGCCCCGGGACAGACAACUGGAAGAAGAACGCAGGCUGAAGAGGCAGGAACAGGAGAUAGAGCCCGCUGAGGAAGAGGAGCAGAGGGAGAAGCAAGAGAGACUUGAGCAUGGGCUGCGAAGGCGAGGACGAGAGGAGCGUGGUGAGGAGGAAGAGCCGCAGCAGAGCCGCAAGGGUCGGGAGCCAGAGGAGCUUCCUGACCAAGAGCGAAGGCAAGAGAGGCAGGAGCAGAGGCAGCGACAGCGCCUCCAGGCGGAGCAGCAACAGCGGCAAAGGCUAGAGCAGCGCGAGCACCAGGAACAAGAGCGGCUGCAAAGACUGGAGCUUCAAGAGCUGAAGAGGGAGCGUCUGGAGGAAGAGCAGCAGCUGCAAAGGCAGAGGCGCGGGCGCGAGGAGCCGCGCUUGGAGCAGGAGAGGCGCAAGCAGCAGGAGUUUCGGAGCGAGCCGGAGCCACGCGUGGAGCAGGAGCUGAGGCGCGAACGGGAGCUGAGGCGGGAGCAGGAACUGAGGGGCGGACAGGAGCCGCGCGUGGAGCAGGAGCUGAGACGUGAACGCGAGCUGAGGCGGGAGCAGGAGUUGAGGCGCGAACAGGAGCCGCGUCAGGAGCCGCGAGUGGAGCAGGAGCUGAGGCGCGAACGCGAGCUGAGGCGGGAGCAGCAGGAGAGGCGAGAACAAGAGCUGAGGAGCGAGCAGCAGGAAACGCGCCAGCAGGAGCUGAGGCGCGAGCAGGAGGAGGCGGCGCGGGGAGAGGCCGAAGAGCGGGGCGAGAGCCGCACCCCGAGGUGGCAGUGGCAGCUAGAAAGCGAGGCAGACGCGCGUCAGAGCAAAGUCUACUCCAGGCCCCGAAGGCAAGAGCAGCAGAGGCGCCGCCAGGAGCAGGAGGAGGAGAGGAGCUGGCGCCAGGAGCGCGAGCAGCGGCUGCGCCAGACGGAGCAGGCACAUCUGAAGGAGGAGGAAGAGCAGCGCCGAGACUUCAAACAGCAGUGGCAGGCGGAGGAAGAGAGCGAGAGGCGCCACCAGAGGCUGUCGGCCAGGCCCCCGGUGCGGGAGCAGCGGGAGAGGCAACUGAGGGCGCUGUGGCGCCAGGAACGGGAACAACUGUUCGGUGAGGAGGAGGAGCAGCGCCGCCAGCGACUCGAGAGGGAGCGAGAGCAACAGGUCCGCGAGGAGGUGCAGAGCCUCCAAGAAGAUCGGGAGAGGCAGCAACGCAAGGAGGAGCAGCACUGGGACCAAAAACGGAGGUGGCAGCUAGAGGAGGAAAGCCACACACUGCACGCCAAGCCAGCUCAACGGGAGCAGCUGAGGGAGGAAGGGCAGCUGCGGCGUGAAAAGGAGCAGCUGCAGGGGGAGAAGAGGCGCCAGGAGGAUGAGAGACAAUAUCUUGAGGAGGAGGAGCUGCAGCGGGAGGAAGAGCGGCUGCAGAGAGAAGAGAGGCGCCAGGAGCGGGAAAGACAAUAUCGGGAAGAGGAGCUGCAGCAGGAGGAAGAGCGGCUGCAAAGAGAGGAGAGGCGCCAAGGGCGGGAAAGACAGUAUGGGGACGAAGCGGAGCUUCAGCGCCUGGACAGGAAGAGGCAAUUCCGGGAUGAGGACCAGCACCAAGAUCUAAAAUGGCAGUGGCAACCAGAAAAAGAAAAUGAAGUUCGUAAUAACAGGGUUUACUCCAAACGCAGAGAGAAUAAAGAAAAGACCCAGCAAGUGGAUGAUUCCCAGCUGCGGGAGCGACAAUUCCAGCAGGACCGGUGGCCUCUGCAGGAGGAAGAGGAAGAGGAAAGAGAACGAGAGCAAGAGAGGAGGAAGGGGCAACAGCGCGACAGGGAAUUCCCAGCUGAAGAACUGCUGGAGCGGGAGGAGCCAAAGGUUGCCAAAAGGCGAAACAGGAAAUUUCUAGAGGAAGAGCAGCUGCUGAGAGGGGAAAAGGAGGAGAAAAUACGCCGUCAGGAAGAAGACAGAAAGUUCCGCGAAGAGGAACAGCAGCUGCGCUUCCGGGAACGCGAGAGACAGCUUCACCAGGAGCGAGAUAGAAAAUUCCGCGAGGAGGAACAGCUCCUUCAGGAAAGGGAAGAGCAGCGCCGCCAGGAGCGCGAGCAACAGCUUCGCCAGGAGCGUGACAGAAGGUUCCGUGAGGAGGAAGAGCUCCUGCAGGAAAGGGAAGAACAGCUGCGCCGCCAGGAGCGUGACGGAAGGUUCCGCGAAGAGGAACGGCUCCUGCAGGAAACGGAAGAGCAGCGCCGCCAGGAGCGUGAGCAGCAGCUUCGCCAGGAGCGUGACAGAAGGUUCCAUGAGGAGGAAGAGCUCCUGCAGGAAAGGGAAGAGCAGCGCCGCCAGGAGCGCGAGCAACAGCUUCGUCAGGAGCGUGACAGAAGGUUCCAUGAGGAGGAAGAGCUCCUGCAGGAAAGGGAAGAACAGCGGCGCCGCCAGGAGCGUGAGCAACAGCUUCGCCAGGAGCGUGACAUAAAGUUCCGCGAAGAGAAACAGCUUCUUGAGGAAUGGGAAGAACAGCGGCGCCGCCAGGAGCGUGAGCAGCAGCUUCGCCAGGAGCCUGACAGGUUCCGUGAGGAGGAAGAGCUCCUGCAGGAAAGGGAAGUACAGCGGCGCCGCCAGGAGCGCGACAGAAAGUUCCGUGAGGAGGAACAGCUCCGCCGGGAAAGGGAACAGCAGCUGCGCCGCCGGGAACUAGAGGGUGCCUUCUCCCAGGUGGGCCAACUGAGGCGCGCAGAGCAAGAGGAAGAACAGAGACGUCAGAGGCAAAGAGACAGAAAGUUCCUCGAGGAAGAGCAGAGUCUCCAGCAGGAGCGAGAGGAAGAAAAGCGACGCGUCCAGGAGCAGGACAGGAAGUUCCUCGAUCAAGAAGCGGAGCUGCAGCGCGAGGAGCAGGAAGAGCUGAGGCGCGAGCAGGAGCGAGACCGGCAGUAUCCGGCGGAGGAGCAGUUUGCGGGGGAGGAGAAGAGGCGUCGUCAGGAACCAGAACUGCGGCAAGAGGAGCAGAGACACCGCCAGGAGCGGAAGAGAAAAUUUCGGGAAGAAGAGCAGCUCCGCCGCCACCAGCAGGAGGAGCAGAGGCGUCGCGACCUGCAGCAGAGCCGCAGCCAAGUUUGGGAGGAAGACAAGGGCCGUCGGCAGGUCCUGGAGCCCGGCAAGCGUCAGUUUGCCAGUGCCCCGGUGCGCUCCAGCCCACUGUAUGAGUACAUCCAAGAGCAGAGAUCUCAAUACCGCCCUUAAGAGAUGCUGCCAAAUCCUGACGCUUGCCAACGCUUCGAGCAAAGGAAAACGAGAAAUACUGAGUACCGAAUGACUCUGAUGUUUCUGGUUGUGGGAAAACUCUCUGGUGUUAGAAUUAUCUCUUUUUUACAAAAUCUUAAACUACACUCUUUCAUGUACUUAGUACUCCUGCCUUUUAUUGUUCCUUAAGUAGUUCUUUACUGCAGGAUGUCUUUGCUCUUUGGUGUAGAUGUGGUGUGCAUUUUUAAAAACAUAUAAGCCAUUUAAUUUGUUUAAGGAGUUUUGUUUGGGGAGCACGUUCAUUUAUUGCUUUCAAAAGUAACGAGUAUUAUGUCAACUUGAGACUCAAAAGAAUGGGUCUUUUUUUUAAUUUGUUGAUCCAUCUUGUAGAGAGUUCAGAUAUUUUUGAUGUUCACGUUGGUUGGGCCUAAAUUUCGUUAAUAUUUACCUCCAAAUUGUCUCUCACUUUUUGUGGCAUAAUUAGCACAGAUUCUGUGAGGGGACUGAAUUUUUACAACAACCCUUGAAUAGUGCAGGGGAAAAGGCUUCUCCAGAAAAACUCCCUGUGAAAUCAGCUGGUAACUGGAAGAAAUAUCUGUUAAGAAUGAAGUUUAGCUUGAAGACUUAGAAUUUGAAUUAGAUUUUUUUACAUGUAACUCUAUGAAUAUUUAAAAUCUCAUGAAGCAAAAGCAAGGUGUUUCUCAAACAACUCCAGAGCUCAGACUUUAAAACCAUGUCUGCCAUAGUGUGUAGCACUCAGUUCCUUUCCCCCAGUCUUUGAUGAGCUUGAGAAUAUUACUGCCUUUGUUAAUUUUAGCUGAGAGGGGACCUGCUCAGGAUCCUGUAAACAUAUACCUUGCUCUAGAGCCAACAGAAGAUUACAGAGCAUGUGGGGGGAGGGAAAGGGGAAUUUUUGUGGACAGAGGGGCAAGUCCCUAGACACCCUUUGACAAAACCCAUAAGCCCACAAUCCUUUGAGGCCUAUUGCUACUACUUUGGAGACAUACUUGUUAAAAUAAUUGGACUGUGUAAAAAAUUAAUAAUAAAUGU